AUGCCUCUGCCUCCACUGAUCCCCAAAGAGUCAGAGAGGAGGGACUGGGCCUUGAACCACCUGACAGUGCACCAGUCCACGGGAGCUCUUUAUGUGGGAGCCGUCAAUCGAAUUUACAAGCUUUCUUCCAAUCUCACCCUGCUGGUUUCUCACGACACUGGACCAGAGUAUGACAACAAAGCCUGCUACCCUCCUCUCAUUGUCCAGCCCUGCUCGGAGCCACUUGCCUCCACAGAUAACAUCAAUAAACUUUUGCUCAUUGACUACUCGCACAACCGGCUGUUGGCGUGUGGCAGUCUGUACCAAGGGGUCUGCAAGCUCAUGAGAUUGGACGACCUCUUCAUUUUGGUUGAACCCACGCAUAAGAAAGAACAUUAUUUAUCCAGCGACAACCAGACGGGGACCAUGUUUGGGGUGGUGGUGCCGUCUCAAGGCCAAGACGCUACUUUGUACAUAGGCACCGCUGUUGGAGGCAAGCAGGAUUAUUUUCCGACCAUCUCCAGCCGCAAGCUACCUCGUGACCCAGAAUCCUCCGCCAUGUUUGACUACGAGCUCCACACCGAUUUUGUGUCGUCUCUAAUCAAAAUCCCGUCGGACACGCUGGCUCUCGUACCGCACUUUGAUAUCUACUACAUCUACGGCUUCGCGAGUGGCAGCUUUGUCUACUUCAUGACCGUGCAACCGGAGACCCCUGAGAAUGGGAUGCCCGCCGGCAGCUCUCCCAGUGACCUGUUCUACACCUCUCGCAUCAUUCGCCUGUGUAAAGGUGACAAGAAGUUCCACUCGUACGUGUCUCUGCCGGUGGGCUGCGUGCACAGAGGUGAGGAGUACCGGUUGCUGCAGGCGGCGUAUCUGUCAAAGGCCGGGCGAGUCUUGGCCCGAGCUCUGAACAUCAGUGCUCAGGAGGAUGUGCUGUAUGCGGUGUUCUCCAAAGGGCAGAAACAGUACACCGACCCCCCGGACCACUCGGCCUUGUGCGUGUUCACCAUACAAGACAUCAACACACGCAUCAAGGAGCGGCUGCAGUCGUGCUACCAGGGCGAAGGUCACCUGGAGCUGCACUGGCUCCUGGGGAAGGACGUCCAGUGCACCAAGGCCCCUGUUCCAAUCGAUGAGUAUUUCUGUGGCCUGGACAUAAACCAGCCCUUAGGGGGGUCCCAGCUGGUGACAGGGCACACUGUGUUCGCGGAGGGCCGGGACAGGCUGACCUCUGUCACCUCCUACCUCUACAACGGGCAUAGCGUGGUCUUUCUGGGCACCAAGAGCGGACGCAUCAAGAAGAUUCGUGUGGACGGUCCUCGGGAGCAGGGCGUCCUGUACGAGACAAUGACCGUGAUGAAGGAAGGCGGCCCGAUCCUGCGGGACAUGGCCUUCUCAUUGGACCGGAGCUCUCUAUAUGUCAUGUCCAACAAUCAGGUGGUCCAGGUCCCUGUCGAGGCCUGUGGGCAGUACAGCUCAUGCUCCGAGUGCUUAAGUUCAGGAGACCCACACUGCGGCUGGUGUGUUCUCUACAACAUGUAA